UACAUGAUACUAUCAUUACCGUCUGGACAAUUAGACAUCCAACCCGUAAUCACAACGACCCAAUUGCAAGAGCGGAGCUCUACCAACUGAGCUAUAUCUCCCCUGAGCCAAGUGGAGCAUGAAUGAAGUAGUCGGAUUCUUCUUCUAUUCUUUUCCCUGGGCCAUCCUGGACUUGAACCAUAGACCUCGCUCGUGAAAAGGUGAAUUUGAUGAUAUCCAAGAUGAUACCAAAACAUCAGAGAAAGCCACUGCAUUGCGCUCGGCCCUCUCGCAGCUUGUAGGCGAUUUUGGCAAAGAAUCAAUGUUGUCCUUGCAGCGCUUCUUUGGUGCUAGACGACGUGCACCUGUUGUACCUACUGGCUCGUUGAGGCUUGAUCUAGCACUUGGGAUUGGAGGACUACCCAAGGGAAGAAUUGUUGAAAUUUAUGGACAAGAAGCAUCUGGGAAGACAACACUUGCCCUUCAUGUAAUUAAAGAGGCUCAAAAGCUUGGAGGUUACUGUGCAUACCUGGAUGUCGAAAAUGGAAUGAACCCCUCUCUUGCUGAAGCAAUAGGUGUUAAUGUAGAAAAUCUCCUUAUUUCACAGCCAGAUUCUGCUGAGAAUCUGCUGAGUAUUGUUGAUACCCUGACAAAAAGUGGAUCCAUGGAUGUAAUUGUGGUUGAUAGUGUGGCAGCUCUUGUUCCCCGACUUGAGCUUGAUGCUACUUUAGGUGACUCUCCUAAAGGCUUACAAUCAAAGAUAAUGACACAAGCACUACGUAAAAUUCAUUAUUCGUUAUGCAACUCUAGCACACUAAUUAUUUUCGUUAAUCAGGUAAGAUCGAACAAAGGAUUAGCUCGAGGCUCAGGGCGUAUGGAGGAAGUAACUUGUGGUGGAAAUGCUUUGCCUUUUUAUGCUGCUGUACGGCUUAGAACGAUUAGAAAACAAUUGCUUAAGACCAGUGAUAAGAUUACUGGUCUUGGGAUCUGUGUCAAAGUGGUUAAAAAUAAGCUAGCUCCUGCAGCAACAGAAGCUGAACUUAGGAUACAGUUUGGGGGAGGCUUUUGCAUAAAAUCUGAGGUUUUGGAAUUGGCUUGUGAACAUGAAGUCAUUCUGAAAGAGGGAGGGAGCUACUUCAUAGAUGGAGAGGUUUUAAACAGUAGACAGGAUGCUGAAGAUUAUCUAGCUGCCAAUGGCGCUGUUUUAGCUAAGAUAGUCGAUACUUUAAGAGAUCAGCUAUUUGUGAACAAGAUGGUAAAAAUAACUGAUUAGAUAGUCAGUUUCUGGUUUUAAUCAACUCCAAAAAUUUUGCUGCCUCGUCCUGCAACAGUAUCGUGCUAAUGCCUGCCGAAGGAAAGCUGUGUUAAUGAGCAAGGACCAACUGGGCGUUUAUUUCCUCUGUGGAGCAUCUGCAGCAACCAUGCUAUGCAAUAUUUGUGAAUCUUCUUUCUGUCUUAUGGUCAAGUAUAUAUUUUAUUUUGUUUCGAGAUGUGAGAUCACCAGAGUUGUUUCUGGACUGUGUUUUAUCUUUAGUUCAAAACAUAGAGGAGGAGCUACUUCUACUGUCCUUCAUCAAGAGGCAAAUUUUGAGGCUUAUAUUUCUGGUUUGUUUGAUGAAGAUCAAAAUAUUAAAGAGGCCUGAAACUAAGAAGCAUUUCAGACUAUAUUCACCAAACAGGCAACCAAACUACCAUUUUUUUGUCAA